AUGCACCUUAUCUAUUCCAUAAUAUAUCUGUGCCUCAAACUUGKCCUAUCUAAAUCCCACUGCGUUGGCACCUGCUAUUCUGGAGGACUUUUCCCAGAGRCCMAAGACAUCUUCCAUGGAAAACAUCUCAAGGGAUACUCCUACAASAACAUCACCACYGAURAUCCAGYCAARUGYUACUCAUCUUGUGUCCAAGAUUGUCGYUGUAAGGCGUGUCAGAUGAAAGAURCAAGAUGYGAGUUGCUGGAUGAGGAYAAGACUUCCAAGGCUGACAAUUUUACAGCUGAGKCAGGAUACGUGUACUUUGAUCUCAAGCAGACAAAGUUUCAGGGGCGACAAUCCCAUAUAAAAYCGCAAGGUAGUUGCUAUAAUGGCUGCUGUCGAUCUCAACCUUGUAUGAACGGAGGGACAUGYGAAGAGCUUUGCCAAAMACCCAAAGAAAAAUUCACCUGCWUCUGCCAGAAAGAACAUAAAGGCAAAAUAUGUGAAGAAAGAGUUACAUCUUGCAUGGAUGUCUUGAUUUCUUCAAAAACAGCMCCAAAGGAUGGUUAUUAUWACAUACWCCACUUCMAAAAAGCAAAGUAUWUAAAAGUAUAUUGUGCAUUUGGUUCAAAUCAGGCAUGGACUUUGAUCGAGUCAUUCAAUUUAACUGUUAAAGAUAAGUUCCAGAAACAACCCUUUAGCAUUCACAAAUCUAUAAACAACAAAGACCCAAACUGGGAUAUGUUCCGUUUGGGCUCGGAAARACUGAAUCACUUCCGUUCCACGUCGACUUUGUUUAGAGCCACAUGCGACUUCCCGAAAAGAGUUUCCAUGACGCCUGACCUUCUGAUUGGUCGGUUGAGUGACGUGGACAUUAUAAACGAAAAAGACAUUGCAGGAUGUAGAAUGUACAAGUUUAUUGACAUAAGGGGRYACAACUGUACGAACUGUACAGCAAAUACAGCUCAUGGAACCGGUUCCUCAUGGCACUUUCAUCUUGAUAUUACUCAUCCAGGAGAUGGUUGCGAUUUCCAUCCACCAGUCACUGUACCAAAUGCUGAUAAUUUUGGAUUUUAUCAAGUCGUUGAUGGAACAUCGAAAUGCACUGCAACACCCCAGUCUACCACACAGUGGUGGUUAGGAGAAGAGAAAUAAUCAAAAUACACUGCAACACCCCAGUCUACCACACAGUGGUGGUUAUAGCUGAGAAAUAAUCAAAACACACUGCACCACACCAGUCUACUACACAGCGGUGGUUAGGAGAAGAGAAAUAAUCAAAAUACACUGUAACACCGCAGUCUACCACACAGUGGUGGUUAGAAGAAGAGAAAUAAUCAAAAUACACUGCGACACCCUAGUCUACCACACAGUGGUGGUUAGGAGAAGAGAAAUAAACGAAAUGCACUGCAAAACUCCAGUCUACCACACAGUGGUGGUUAGGAGAAGAGAAAUAAUCAAAAUACACUGCACCAACCCAGUUUACCACACAGUGGUGGCUAGGAAAAGAGAAAUAAUCAAAAUAAACUGCAACACUACAGUAUAACAUACAGUGGUGGCUAGGAGAAGAGAAAUAAUCAAAAUACACUGCACCAACGUAGUCGACGAACAGUGAGGGUUGGGAGAAGAGAAAUAAUUGAAAUACACUGCAACACCCCAGUCUCACAAACAAUGAGGGUUAGGAGAUGCGAAAUAUUCAAAAUACACUGCAGCACCCCAGUCUACCACACAGUGGUGGUUAGGAGAAGAGAAAUAAUCAAAAUACACUGCAACGCACCAGUCUACCUCACAGUAGCCUGCGUCACAUCCGGACAAACUACGUAGUUUGUUCGGAUGUGACGCAGGCUACCACACAGUGUUUGUAAGGAUAGAGAGGAAAAAGAACCAAAAUAGACUGCAACACCCCAGCCUAACACUGCAGUGGUAGCAGGAGAUCACAAAAAAUAAUCAAAAUAUACUGCAACACACAGUCCACCAAAUACUUGUAAUACGGGACUCAAACAUGCUAAAUAAAUUAUAACGUAUUUCGUAACUUUAAUGAAUGAGUAAUGCUUGUCUUUGAUUGGUCGGUUUAGCCAUACAAACUUUGAAACUUGACUUACAGUCGCAAAUUUUUAUUUAACACAGAAAUUAUUACGAGGCGGGCAAGGCAUUAGUUCUUCUAGAUGACAGAAUGUUUUUUUUUUCCUUUUAACACUGGCUUAGAGUCGAUAUCCCUGAAGUUGGCCCCAAUUUUUAGCACCCCAAUGAGUUGCAGGUAUGUUUGGCAUAGCAGACGAAAUACACUGCUUCUCAUAUAGGUGACCACAUCAACCGUCUG